AACCUUAAUUAUGAUUUGAUUUUUGGUCACAAAUUUAAGUUGAUGAGAAACUGCUUUCUUUUCUGGGUAACAUUUAAACAAAAAGUUAAACAUUUUUACAAAGCUUUGCUGUGUUGUGAACACCGCAUCUGUAGGUGUUCAAAGCAACCGACAUACGAAUAGACACGUGAUGCAUGUUUGGUGAAUCGUGAAUAUCAAUGCAAAAUUUCAAGCCGUAAGGUUGAAAUCAGAUGAUUCUACACCUGCCACAAGCGAUAGACCCUCAUAUUCAUUAUCAAUCUUAUUGCUGCAUUGAAAAGGCAGGUAAUAGAAAGAGUGCAGCCACCAGUUGCAAUUCAGCAAGCUUUUUUUUUGAAUAACCAGAGAAACUAUCUGAUAAAGACAAUUCUGAUGCGUAAUUUUGAAAAGAGACGAAGCGUUUCUAAUAUUGGCAACUUCGCAUCACAUCAAAGCAUCUGCAUCGAUUUUCAUACCGCAUAUCAGCAGGUAUUUCAUUGAUCAAAGUUAAAAGGGAUCCACUUCAAAGAGAUCGUCAAUGUAUUGAUAUAGAGCAGGUGCCUAUAUAUGAAGAUUCGAAAGCGACACUGCUGGAUUUAAGGGACGUGCCAAUUUCAUAGUGGGAGUUCACAUGUAUGUAGGCGUUAAAUUGCAGAGUACUGGAUAUCAAAACAGUUUUGUGCAGUGACUGAUUCACUUGUCUCGUAAAGCAACAUGAACCCGAGGCGGCUUAUCAUGAGAACUGUCUCAAAAUGUAUCGUAUUUUCCAUUCUUCUUGCGUCAGUGUCGAGCGUAUCACCCGUUAAUAUUGGAGGGAUCUUUUCAUCGGCUCAUGUGCAAGAUGCAUUUAAGGAGGUAGUCAGAAAUGCCAAUGCAGAUCCCGUCGCUUACGAUUUGGGAAGCACAUGGUUAAAUUCAUCAACAGCGUUAUUAAACUCUGAUCCAAUCGUUUCUAUAAGAGAGAUUUGCAGCAAAUUGAUAAAUAAUUCAGUUUAUGCUGUCUUGACUGAUCGACUGAUGAAUAACACACGAGCCCCGUACAUCGUUUCAUAUGCAUGUGCAUUCUACAAUAUUCCAGUAAUUGGCGUGGCAUCAAGAGAGAGCCAGUUCUCAGAUAAGACUAUUCAUGGUCUUUUUGUGCGGACAGUCCCGUCUUAUGCAGAUGAAGCAAGACCAAUGAAUAGACUGGUGGCUAAAUUCAACUGGAGCAAAGUUAUUCUUGUCACAAGCAGCGAAUAUGACUAUAGACAGCUGUUUGUUAAGUUCACAUCAUUGGCUUAUGACAGUGGUAUUUCUAUCGAGCAACCAAUUAUAUUUGAAACUGGAACCAAGAAUUUCUCAAUCUACUUGAAGAAUACUGCAAAAAGACAGUCAAAAGUUAUUGUGUUUGCUGCGAGGGGACAAGAUGCUGUUAAUUUUUACAAAGCUGCUGAUUCGUACGGCCUAACAAGUGCUGGCUACAUUUGGAUUGUUUGUAGUGAAGCAACUGACGAUGCCAUCAUGAAACAUGCACCGCAAGGGUUGCUCACUGUCAGGCCAAUACAAGAACAUGACACAAAGUCGCAUAUACGUGACGCUGUGCGUAUCGUCGGAUCUGCCAUUUCGAGGCUAUCUAAUAAUGGCGCAACCUUAGAGCAGCCGCCUUCCUCCUGUGAUGAACCUCCUGAGCAAUGGGCAUUGGGCAAAACAUUAUUCAAGGCCAUGGUUAACCGGACCUUUGCCAACGGUGCAACCGGGACUGUCAAUAUUGAUCCGGUUGGGGAUCGGGUAAAUGCAGCUUACGAAAUAUUCAAUCUCAAGGAGACAAGAAAUGGCAUGAAGUUUUUAGCCAAAGUUGGCAACUUCAAUCACGAAGGAAUCGUUUCAUUGAAUGACAGCCAUAUCGUUUGGCCGGGAAACCAAACUGAAGUCCCUAAAGGAGUGUUUGUAUCAGCACAUCUAAAGAUCGUUACUGCAGAAUCUCACCCAUUUAUCACCGCACACCCAUUGCCGCAGAGUAAAAAUUGCUCUGACAUCAAUCUCGUCCAAAGAGGCAGGAAAAGGCCGUUCAUAAAAUGCGUAGGCCCAUCCACGACGUUACCAGGAAAUGAGCACUGUUGCACAGGUUUCUGCGUUGAGUUGCUGAUCAAGCUCGCCAAUAAACUAAAUUUCACAUAUGAUGUAUACUUCAGCCCAGACAAACAAUUUGGUUCCCUUGUCAAGGUUAAUGGCAGUGAUAUCAAGCAGUGGAAUGGAGCUGUGGGUGAAGUGGUUGAUGGGAAGGCAGAUUUGAUUGUUGCGUCUCUAACAAUCAACAAUGAAAGAGCACAAUACAUAGAGUUCUCAAAACCCUUCAAAUACCAAGGAAUUGCAAUACUUGUCAAAAAGAAUCCCACUGGCAGUACCUUGGUCUCCUUUCUUCGACCCUUCAAAACAGAGCUCUGGCUUCUUGUACUGCUCUCCGUUCACGUCGUUGCAAUUAUCCUGUACAUCUUAGACCGUCUGAGUCCGUUUGGACUUUUCAAACGAACGAAAACUAGCGACGAACAGGCUUUGGAUCUUCCAAGCGCAAUGUGGUUUUCCUGGGGAGUUUUGUUGAACAGUGGGAUUGGUGAAGUUACCCCACGGAGCUUCAGUGCGCGGGUUCUUGGCAUGGUGUGGGCAGCAUUUUCAAUGAUUAUCGUCGCAAGCUACACUGCAAAUUUAGCAGCUUUUCUCGUCCUUGAUAGACCCAAACCAGUUGUAAGUGGAAUCGAUGACCCAAAUCUGCGAAACCCAUCCGAUAGCUUCCCUUUUGCCACCGUCAAUGGAAGCAGUGUAGAGGCCUAUUUCAAAAGACAGGUUGAGCUGUCCAACAUGUAUACAUUUAUGGAGAAGCACAACCUUGGAACGGACGUUGAAGCAAUUCAGAAAGUAAAGUCAGGUGAAUUGAAAGCUUUCAUUUGGGAUAGCCCUGUUUUACUUUACGAAACAUCGGCCAGUUGCGAUUUAACAAUUGCUGGGGACAUAUUUGGCCGAUCUGGGUACGGAAUCGGUUUGCAAAAAGGUUCACCAUGGACCAGCAACAUAUCUUUGGCCAUUUUGCAUUUUCACGAAAGUGGUAUCAUGGAACAGCUCGAAACGUCCUGGAUCGAAUUUGGUGAUUGCCCGAAAGAAAGCUCGUCACCAACAACCCUUGGCUUAAGUCACAUGCUUGGCGUUUUUAUCAUGGUUGGUGUUGGGAUCGCAGCAGGUGUUAUAAUUGUCAUCUUUGAAGUUAUAUAUUACCGGAGAAAGGGCAUGCGCAAAGAACAGAAGGAUUUGGUUGCAAAAUGUGCGGAGCAGUGGAAAGCAAGUGCUGUGGAGGCGAAGAAGGUGAAGAAGAUGCGAACAAGCGCCUUCAGUGGGAUUAAUGGGAUUAACGGGAUUAAUGGCUUUGAGCUAAACGGUGUUAAUGGAAAGCGUAAAAACAAUGGAUAUGAACCUGAUAUUGUCACCUCUUCAAAAUGAACCUUUGAAAACUUGUGGGUCGAAGCAGAAAUGGACAAUGUCUCCGUGCAACGGUACCGUAAAGUAAGGGUUCGGCUUGACGAGAGUGACAGCCGAAAUUUGUGGUUGAAAUGAGACUCUUGUCAAAAUGCUUCGCUCUAAGUAUGUCGACUUGAUCGCAAAGCAACUCGCCCAUUUAAAAUAGCUUCCAAAGACAAAAAUAAAUAUUAUUUUCGAAAGUAAACUUUCAACCCCAGAUAUAAUGAAUAGCCUUGUUCCAUACGUAGUUGGAAGAAAAUUUUCGACUUUAAUUUGAAAGCAAGAUCAAACAAGAACUAAAUAAGUGAAGGGAAAGGUGGAAUUAUAUACUUGAUAAAUUCUUUUCCGUCUCAAAACAAGGCUACAAGCAUUCCCUUGCUGGUCCUAUAAAGUGUGGCAAUUCUUAAUCAUUCUAAUGCUUUAUGAUUAUCAGAUUUAUAAAUAACUCUUUGUAUCUUAGAUAAUAUUUAGUAUGUUAGUUUAUGUUAGAUGUUACCUUCAAGAAAGGCCAUAAUUUUCUUCAGAGUUCAAAUGUCUUUAAGUUCAAAGUAUAAAGAUCACAGUGCAAAGUUGACAGUGGCAAAGGACACUUCACAUAAAUCAACUAAUUCGAUUUGAGAACGAGGAUGUCUAAUUAUUGGUUAGAAUUCUUUUAUGAUAUAAGGCUUUCAGCUUUCACAGUCAGAAGUUCUUUUUUUGUAAAAACAUAUCGAAAUAAUAUCUAAAAAUGUUUUCUUUUCGCAUAAGUUGUGUAAUAAUAACUACUCAUGGUGCUGCUGUUUUUAAAUAAUUUUUAUUUGAUA